GGAUAAAGCCGCAUCUCCGCGAGACAGAAGCUUCAGAAACUCCAGCGAGUCUGAAAGAGUUGUAGCGCAGUUCUUCCAGUUCUAACAGACAGUUCUAACCGGUUCUGUUUCUACAGUCGCUGAGAGAAACGCUGCAGAACAUCUGUAGGAUGACUGAGACAACCUCCCUGGGGCACACCAUGGUGGACGAUGAGUUUGAUGACUCCUACAAAGAAAAGGCUGGACCCAAGCCCCCAAUGAGGAUCGUGUGGAGGAACGUGGUGUUGAUGGCCCUCCUGCAUAUCGGAGCUCUGUACGGAAUUCUGCUCGUCCCCUCCGCCUCCCCACUCACCCUGCUAUGGACAUGGGCGUGUUUUCUCUUCAGUGCUUUGGGCAUAACAGCUGGAGUCCAUAGAUUGUGGAGUCAUCGUUCUUAUAAAGCCACCCUUCCCCUCCGUCUCUUCCUUGCCUUGGGCAACUCAAUGGCCUUCCAGAACGACAUCUACGAGUGGGCUCGGGACCACAGAGUUCAUCAUAAAUUCUCAGAGACCGAUGCCGACCCUCACAAUGCCACUCGAGGGUUUUUCUUCUCUCACGUUGGCUGGUUGCUGGUCCGAAAACACCCAGACGUCAUUGAGAAGGGAAGCAAGUUGGAGCUCAGUGACCUGAAGGCCGACAAGGUGGUCAUGUUUCAAAGAAGGUUCUACAAGUCGUCUGUGCUGCUGAUGUGCUUCGCAGUCCCAACGGUGGUGCCGUGGUUGUUUUGGGGCGAGUCUCUGUGGGUCUCGUACUUCGUCCCCGCCUUGCUGAGAUACGCUGUGGUGCUGAACGCCUCCUGGCUGGUCAACAGUGCCGCACACAUGUGGGGAAACCGACCCUACGAUGCCAACAUCAACCCCCGAGAGAACAGAUUCGUGACUUUGGGUGCUAUAGGUGAGGGAUUCCAUAACUACCACCACACCUUCCCCUAUGACUACUCCACCAGUGAGUUCGGCUGGAAGCUUAAUUUCACCUCCUGCUUCAUAGACACCAUGUGUUUCCUGGGUCUGGCCAGCGACUGCAAGCGGGCAGCCCGAUCAGUGGUUCAGGCCCGGGCCCAGCGCACCGGAGACGGCAGCAAAAAGCCUGGCAUCCAAAGGAGCGGCUAAAAGGUUUUUCUCAACUGCAGCAGUAAAGUUGACAGAGAUGUUCUCUGUCUCUGGCGCCCCCUUUGUUCUGGAGGCUGAAGCUCCAAGUUCUUCAGCGCAGGAGCCAGAAGGGUUCAAAUCCAGCAGACAAGCCCGUGCCCCACGACCUCACUGGACUCUGCUGGAUCUGUGAUCUGAUUCAUAAUAAUGAUGAUAUUUAUAAUGAUAAAGAUUAUAUAAAAACCUUUGGCCUGCCACGGUUCUUCUCUCAGGAUGGAACAUACUGUGUUCCCAAAGCACUUAGAAGAACUAACCAACAAAUCUUCAGGAAAAAAAAAGAACUCAAUCCAUUUGAAUGUUUAAAUGCAUUUUCUCCAUUUGUUGAGGUUCUAGCUAGCACUAAAAAUGGUUCCACUAGAGGAACCUUUUCAGCACGGUCUAAAUCCUGUUUUGCUUGUAUUGUUUACAUUCUAAAUUAAAGCCUGAUACACAUUUCAGCACUUCGGAAUUUACUGUAGCAGUGUUAUCGUUCAAGAAAAUUAGUUAUGAAAUGAAUCGGAUUGAAUGCAGUGUGAACACAGUCACACACAAUUAAACAGACUCUGUAUCAGAACCAGGUGCUGUUUGUAUUUCUGCAGAAAAAAAAACUUUCCUAAGCACUUUGUUUUGAUACAGGAUUGAUUUAUUGAUUGAUUGAUUGAUUGUUAAUUAUAUUUAAAUGUUUUUGGGAGAAGAUGGUAAAAACUGUUGUUUUCGGAAUUAAAACUAGCUUAUGGUUAGAGUUGUUAUUGUGGUUAAUAUUGGGGGCUUGAGGCUGUGAGAGUGAUGUGGAUCAGUUUCUGUGUCUAAAGCGACUCUGAAGAGUCAUUUGUGAGCUUCUGUUUACAAUUUUCUAUUCAAUACUGUAAUUCAAUACCUUAGUGUUAUUGUUCACUAUGAGAUGAUACAUGUUAAAUUCAGCAUGUAAUAAAUAUUUGCCUCUUAUUACAGUUUGUUUUCUAUCCAACACUUUAAUUUAAUAAUUUUGUAUUAUUGUUCACUAUGUUCAAUUCAGCAUGUGAUGAAUCUUUUUUUGUAAUAAACUCUGAACCCAGA